UGUGGAUUUUGACUUGGUAUUUUCAAAUCCCAGCCACACAUAACAGAAGUAGAAAGUGAAAGCAGAGGUGAGUAGGGACUCCAGCACGGAGAGAGUCACAGAUAACACAGUGUGUCAAAAGCCCUUGACCAGAGCUGUGAAAACUCCAGUCACCUCCCGAUGACGGUGUCCACGGCAGCCCCGCACCGUCACCAGGACUCCGACAGCACCUGUUUCCUGAACAUUCAUUUCAAGUGCUGUGUGUGUUUUCCCUGGACACUUCGUGCUCUUAGGUUUCAUCCUGACGAACCUGAGGAGACAGUUGUCCUUAGGCGGCUCAGAGACACCACGACAAACAGCGCUCCGUCCCGCAGCACAGGGUUCAGCAAAGUCUCAGUCCCCAGGCGGUGAGGUCUGGGGUGGGAGCCCAGGGCUGGGGAUCCCCAGGUCCCCAGUUUCACUUCUCCAGCUCCUGACCUGGGUCGGGUCCUUCUGCCCGGACACUGAUGACAAGUGUCCUGUUCUCACCCCCAUUGGGUGCCGAGAUCGCGGAGAACCAAUCAGCGUCGCCGCGGUCACGGGUUAUAAAGUCCACGCAGCCCGCGGAACUCAGACGCCCCAGAUCCGAGAUGGGGGCGAUGGCUCCGCGCACGCUGCUCCUGCUGCUGGCGGCCGCCCUGGCCCCGACCCGGACCCGCGCGGGCUCGCACUCCAUGUGGUAUUUCCACACCGCCGUGUCCCGGCCCGGCCUCGGGGAGCCCCGGUACAUGGAAGUCGGUUACGUGGACGACACGCAGUUCGUGCGCUUCGACAGCGACGCGGAGACCCCGAGGAUGGAGCCGCGGGCGCCGUGGAUGGAGCGGGAGGGGCCGGAGUAUUGGGAGAGGGAGACACGGGGAGUCAAGAACUACGAGCAGACUUUCCGAGGGAACCUGAGGACCGCGCUCCGAUACUACAACCAGAGCGAGGGCGGCUCUCACACCUUUCAGCUCAUGUACGGCUGUCACGUGGGGUCGGACGGGCGCCUCCUCCGCGGGUACCAUCAGUACGCCUACGAUGGCCGCGAUUACAUCUCCCUGAACGACGACCUGACGACGUGGACGGCGGCGGACACGGCGGCGCAGAUCACCCGGCGCAAGUGGGAGCAGGCUGGUUAUGCAGAGAGACGGAGGGCCUACCUGGAGGGCGCGUGCGUGGAGUGGCUGCGCAGAUACCUGGAGAUCGGGAAGGACACGCUGCAGCGCACAGGAGCCAGGGGGAACUGCUAAUCUGGAUAAUUAGACAAGUCAGUGUUUCCUUUAAACUAGAAAGGUUCCUGUGAGACUGUUUUCUGCCAUAUUAACAUCCAGAGCCCUCCUGCUCUCCCUCAGCCCCAACAAGUCACAGUGUUGUCCCAGUGGAUUAGGAAUUGAACUUCCUCAGAGACAGCGUCUUCUGCAGCUCCAGGACAGGAGUGACAGGGAAGAUCCACACACCCCUGUGAGCAUCGCUGUGUCCCAGGAAGUGCUGCACUGGGCUCCACAGCACACUUCCAGGGGUCCUGGUGAGAAUGCCUUGUAUCUUGUCUCCAGAGGCAGGAGUUGGGGAGUCAUUUUCUCUGGCUGAGUGUCAGAGGUUCUCCACAUUUCUGCUGCACACUUUGGUGAUGGCUGUUCACUUGGACAGACAGUUAUGCUGGUCAGCAAGAUGGCCACAGUGCUUGUGCCUCAAUGGUGGCAGCAGGAGUUGGUGGCACCCUUCAUGGAGCCCUUGUACCUGAUUUCUUAUUUUGAUAUGAAUUAAUAACAUAUAAAUUAAUUAUUUUCCAUUCCUUCAUUCUUUUACUACCUAACUAACGCUGUAGAACAUCACAUGAGGAAGACCAUGCUGACCUGCUGGCUCAUGUGGAUUCCCUCUUAGUUACUGAGUCCCCCCAGGAAAAUGUGCAGCUCUGUGAUGAGGGGACCAGCUCUACCUGAGGUCACUAGUGUGAUGACAGAAUUGUCCAAACAGACACAGUUUAGUGUCAUCAUUGUUUUAACUUUGUCUUUGCAGAUUUCACUUUAUCUUGUUAAGUGAGGGAUUUUUUGUUGUUGUUGUUUUUGUUUUUCAAGACAGGGUUUCUCUGUGUAGCUUUGAGCCUUUCCUGGAUCUUGCUCUGUAGACCAGGCUGGCCUCGAACU